AAUGAAUUAGAGCUGUUGAUGUGUGGCAUCGUCUCCAUUGAUGUGAAGGAUUGGAGAAUGAACACCGUGUACAAGGGAGAAUAUCAUCCCAACCACAUAGUCAUCCAGUGGUUCUGGAGGGUGGUGCUGUCUUUCACCAAUGAGAUGAGAGCCCGUCUAUUGCAAUUUGUGACGGGAACUUCUCGAGUUCCUAUGAAUGGCUUCAAGGAGUUGUAUGGAAGUAAUGGCCCACAGCUAUUCACAAUAGAAAUGUGGGGUGAGACGAAAAACUACCCUCGCUCACAUACCUGCUUCAAUCGCCUGGAUUUGCCUCCCUACCAGUCAUAUCAUGAGCUGCGGGAAAAGCUCAUUAAGGCCAUCGAAGGAACUGUAGGCUUUGCAGGCGUGGAUUAGAUAGAUAAGUUUGGCAAAGCAAGUGGACUGUCUUGGUUGGGGGGGAGGGGGCAAGGGAGGGUAAUCCCAGGACCAAGCAACUGAAUAUGCAAGCAAUGGAGGAACCACAGAGAGCUCGAAGAUUUGAAUGUUGAUAUAUGCAAAAAUUUUGAAUGUAUCAAGUAGUUUAUUUGUUCUUGAACAUACAGAUGAUUCCAAUCCUAAUUUUUACUGUAGAGGAUUCUUGUGAUUACUGUCUUCUGAGCAGAUUGAAUAUUGAUUUUUAGGAGUGAGAAGAAAAGAGAUCCUGAAAGAGGAAAACAAGGAAGGAAUUUUGCCAUCAGUAGGUGUGAGAGGGUGCAAAUAGCCUUGUGUAUAAGCCCUGGAGAGGAGAAUACUACUGACAAUAUACCCAGAAUUCUCACCAAAACUUUCUCAUUCUGUUCUUUAGAUAUAUAUGAAUAUAUAUAUACUCCUCAUACUUAUUAUCUCUUGUUGAAUGGUAGCUUAGACCUUCACCCCUUGUGUCAAGCAAGGAUAGUGAUCCUCAUUAUAGCAUCAUAUUUAAAAAGUAAAAUAUUAAUACAUCCACAUUUUCUAUAUUAAAAAAAAAUGAGAGAAUAGUAGAGAAAUGGUAGCCACAUUGUUAUUUGAAAGAUUCAUGUUUAAAAAAAAGAGGUAAAUUUUACAUAUUGUGAUAUAAAUGGCAGUUGGUUUAAAUGUCAGUAAGAAAGAUGGUCAUACUAGCCCAUACUCAACAUAUUUUUGUGGUAUGAUCUUUUGGUCAUCUGCAAGUGUAAAUUGAAUGUGUGUGUGUGUAGGUGUAUGCGUAUGUGUGUACUUUUGAGGGUGCAUGUUUGUGCAUGUUUGAGUAUGUGGUCAGGAAUGUUUUGUUCUGAAGAACAAAAGUGAGAACAAGAGGAAUCGGUUGUAUACGUGUGCUUGUUGAAGAUUGUUAUGUGUUUUUAUGCAUUUGUAUGUGUGUUUGUGUGCUUGUCUGUGUAAAAUGUAUUUUCAUUAUUUGUAUGUGAACCUUUAAAAACACUCUUUGCCUUCUCUCUUUCUAAGAUAUAUAUUGUUUAUUGGACUGUAAAUAUGGUAUUACAUUGUCUACAAUGUCAGUUAUUGAUUUCUUCCUUGUGCAUUUUUUUAUAUUAAUUUUCUAUAUUUCAUUUCUCAUUCUCUUUAUAUUUCCUCUUUUGUAAUAUUGUUAUUUUCUGAGUUUUCUUUAGUUUUUCUUUUUGGGGAAAUUAUUCAGUAUGUUUGUUAAUGUAUUAUUGUAAUUGCAAACACUAUCACCACUAUUGCUAAUAAGAGAAGGGGAAAAUAGUUUUUUUUUUCUUUCUUUCUUUCUUUCUUUUUUAGAAUGCUGUGCCUUUCCUCCUUAUUCUCUUUCCUGCAUUUUUUUUCAGUUCUCUUUUCUUUACCUGCAUUGUUUUUUCUUGGUUCUUUUUUUCUAUGUCCACUUCCCUUCCCUUUUUUCAUGUCUGCUUCUCACCUCUUUUUCUCCUUUUAUCCAAUUUUCUUCCGUCUUGCCUUAUUCUCGUUUUCAAUUUUUUGAAUCAAUCUUAAUCAGGUUUCCAUUUUUGUUUCUUCUCAGUCUUUUUUGUUUUCCAAAGUUUGUAGCAAAAUAUAUUUUGUUUUCUCCUUCAUUUUCACAAAGUGUUUGUCUUUGUAUAGCAAAAAAUAGGAAAUAGAUACAUGUUUUGGUGUUGACCGAGAGUGCAUAUUUGAGGGAGAAUCUGCGUGAACAGUAUAUAUACUUAUUAUAUAAAGAUUUUAUUAGAAAAGAUAGUACUGUUUAUAGAGUAGCAGUUGUUUGUUGCUCUUAUUAUUAUUAUUAUGAUUAUGAUUAUUAUUAUGAUUAUUAUUAUUAUUACCAUUAUUAUUAUAAAUAACAUUACCAAAUUUAUAUAAGAGAAUAGAAUUUAAUUGUAUAUAUAUAUAGUGGACUGUUGCAUUUGAAAACAUCAUGUGCAUAGUUUGGAGUUUUAUCAGCAGAAGGUUGUGUAUGUCCUGGCACAUACACUAAUACGUGUUGCAGGACAGGAGCUUUGUGAGUUUAUUUCAUUCCUUUUCAAAUGCUCCAAUUUUCAUUCCUCAUCUUUUCUCUUCUUUUCUUUUUUUUUCCUUUUUGUUUGUUUGUUUCUGUUUUUUUUUUCUCUUUCUUUCCUUCUUUCUUUUUCUUUCGUAUGUCAUAUUAUAGUUAAGAGAAGUAUAUACUUGGUACAGAAUUUUCAUUGAUUUCGUUUAUAAACAUCCACUUAUACACAUGGUCACUAACGUGUCAAUUGUCCAGACAUGUGAAGGUGUAUCAUUGUUAAAUGUAAAUUUAGGUAAGAGCCAAAUUAAUCACAUAGAUUAAACCUGUCAACCAAUCCA